AUGCCUGCGGGGAUGAAGCCUCUGGAGAAGUUCCUGAAGAAGCAGACCACGGCUCUGACCCGGGCCGGGGGCUUCGUGGGCGGGGUGGCGGAUAAGGCCGGCGGGGGCACGGGGGCCUCCCGGCGGAGGGCCAGCCUGUCCCGGGUCGUCCCCUUCUUCAGGGAGACGUCUCCGGAGAGCGGACAGCCGAGGGAGGUGUUCAGCCCGGACAGCGAGGACCCCCCCUCCUGGCCCUCGGCCACGGGGCCCGACGUUCGGAGUCCGUCUCUGUCCAGCGACGAGCAGAGCUCCGAGGCCAGUCUGAUCACGGAGAGGACGCCUCUUCCUCCCGACACGCCGGACAACCUGACCCUCGCUCUGCUGGACAGCGCGGCGGGAAAACGCUCCGGAGUCUGUACAGAAACCCUGCUGGAUGACUUCAUGUUGACACAUCACAUCUUCCUUGCGGCCGACAGGUUCCAGCAAGUCCUGCUGCAGCAAUUCAGUCUGGAGACGGAGGAGAGGGAGGCGGAGGGAGUGAUGGACGGAGCAGAGAGGAAGCAGGCGGUGCUGAAUGUGGCGUUCAGAUACCUGGACACCUACAGGGAGCUGCUGCAGGAGGAAGGAGAGAGGAGCAACAGCUUCCCAAAGGAGCUGUACCUGUGUGCGGUUCAGGAGUUGAGUCGGCAUCCUGAGCUGGUGGAGGACGUCCUCAAACUGCAGAGAUGGACCGAGAUCCUACACACACCCUCUGAUGAAGAGAAGGAGAGCAGGAAGAAGCAGGUUCGUCCUCUGUUCAGACACUUCAGACGCAUCGAUGCCUGUCUGCAGCCCAGAGAGGCUUUCAGAGGCUCCGACGAGAUCUUCUGCAGGGUCUACACUCCGGAUCAUUCCUACGUCACCAUCAGGAGUCGUCUGUCCUGUCGGGUCGGAGAGAUUCUGGCUCUGGUCCGAGAGAAGCUCCAGUACAGCGAGGACCAACCGGUUCUGCCUGGAAACCUCAUACUGGUGGCCGUCACAUCAGCUGGAGAGAAGGCCGUGUUUCGUCCCAGUGAUGAGGCCGUCUUCACCACGCUGGGAGUCAACACUCACCUGUUUGCUUGUGAACCUACUGAACUCGAGUCACUGCUUCCUCUUCCUGAAGAGAUCCACUGGACGCCCGGUGACAGCAAACUCCACGACAUGUCAGCGGAGGAAGUAGCCAAUCAGCUGGUGGUGUUUGACUGGGAGCUGUUCAGCUGUGUGCACGAGGUGGAGUUUGUGUGUUAUGUGUUUCACGGGGAGCAGUCCCGCUGGCGCCCCCUAAACCUGGAGCUGGUACUGCAGCGCUGCAGCGAGGUGCAGCACUGGGUCGCCACGGAGAUCCUGCAGUGUCAGUCGCUGCCCAAGAGGGUCCAACUGCUCCGCAAGUUCAUCAAGAUCGCAGCACUCUGUAAGCAGCAGCAGGACCUGCUGUCGUUCCUCGCCGUGGUUCUGGGUCUGGACAACCCGGCCGUCAGCAGACUGCGACUCACCUGGGAGGGUCUCCCGGGGAAGUUCAGGAAGCAGUUUCAGCAGUUUGAGGGCGUCGCGGACCCGUCCAGGAACCAUAAGUCCUACAGAGACCUGAUCACCAGCCUGAGACCUCCGCUGAUCCCCUUCACUCCUCUGCUGCUCAAAGACCUGACGUUUCUUCAUGAGAGCUGUAAGACGUUUCACGGUGAACUCGUCAACUUUGAGAAGAUGCACAAGGUAGCAGACAUGGUGAGGAUCAUCAGACGCUACAGGAGCAGUCAGUUGGCCAUGGAUACGGAGACGUCCCCCUCCCACCUGCAGACGAAGGCCUACGUCCGUCAGCUCCAGGUGAUCGACAACCAGAACCUUCUGUUUGACAUGUCCUGCAAACUGGAGCCCAAAGACACAUAG